AUGAUGGACCACAACAGCUCCUAUGCUCUGCUGUCUAAGGAGCAGCUCAUUUACACCAUCACCAUACCGCUGUCCACCUCAAUCAUCCUGGCCAACCUCGCUAUCAUCUGGGGCAUAUCCUGCAACCGUGAGCUCCACAACACGCCAAACUACUUCUUCCUCAGCCUGUUGGUGGCUGACAUGUGUACAGGUGUGGCGCUGCCGUUCAUCCCACUGAUGGGCCUCAACAGGGAGUUGAGUUUGAACUCCUGUCUGGUGGCUCAUGUGUUCCCGAAUUUCCUCUUCCUGGCGUUUCUGUUCAACCUGGUGAUGGUCCACUACGAGCGCUACAUUUGCAUCGCCGACCCUCUGCGUUACAACAACCUGUGGAUGCAUCGCAAUUUCCCACUGGCCCUGUUUGUGGUGUGGACGCCACCUCUUUUGUACGCGUCUCUUCCGGCUUUCGGCUGGAACAACUGGACCGGGCCAGACUGGAACAGCUGUUGUGAGAACGCCGAGCUCCUACUGCCCCCCUCACAGUGCUCCGUCAACGGGAGCGCGUGCUGCUCCUACAGGCGCGUCUUCCCCAACGCCUUCAUCUACUUGGAGGUGUACGGAAUCGUCCUGCCCGCGAUCCUCACCAUCGCUGGCAUGACCGGCCACGUUUUGUUCAUCACCCGUGGUCAGCUGAAGGACAUCUGCCGCCUCCACCGCUCGCUGGGGCGCGGAGGCCAGGCCUCGGACCAGGAGCAGAGGCUGAACCUGCGCUACACCAGGUGCGUGGUGGCCGUGUCGCUGACCUUCCUGGCCUGCUGGGUCCCCUACCUCAUUUACAUGCACAUUUCCACGGCGUUCUUAAUCAGCGACACCAAGUGGAACUCCACCACCGCCAUCGUGAUGUCCUGCACCGGCAUCGGAAGCAUGGCCGUGGUGCCACUGGUGCUGGGCCUGGCCAACAGGCAGUACACAGAACCCGCGUACAAACUCUUCCAGAAACUCCGGGACAGGUGGAGGAGGGCUCGAGAGUCAGAGGACACCGCAUUGUGA